AUGAGCAAUCGUUCACGAGGCGGAGGUGAUAGUGAUGGUCGACGUGCGACGCCACCUAAUGUUGAUGUUAUGCAUUCGUUAAAAGUUGAUAAUUUAACGUAUCGUACACGUGUUGAAGAUUUACGUCGAGCAUUCGAAAAAUUUGGCGAAAUCGGGGAUAUCUAUAUUCCACGAGAUCAAUUUUCACGUUCAAGCCGUGGUUAUGCCUUUAUCAGGUUUGCUCAAAAACGUGAUGCUGAGGAUGCACUCGAUCGUAUGGACGGUGCAGAUUUAGAUGGUCGGGAAAUACGCGUUCAGUUUGCUCGCUAUGGUCGAGGUAAGGGUCACAAGUUUAGUGAUGCCUCGGCGUCCGAUAGUCGUGAAAAAGUUCGAAGAAAACGUUCAAGAUCUCCACGUGGUAGGUCAAGAAGUCGAGACAACGGACGCGAUUCUCGAAGUCCAAGACGUUCGUCAAGAGAUCGAUCACGUAGUCCACGUCGAAAUUCUUCACGUGAUGAUCGUUAUUCUCGAGAUCGAUCAAAUUCUAAAGGUCGACAACGUGAUAGAAAUGAUGAUAGAGAUCGAAGGCGAGAUCGUGAUAGCAAUCGUUAA